CAUAAGGCUGCGCCGCGCUCCUCCAUCUGCUAUUCUGCUGAAGAAAGGACAAAGUGUCCAAACACACAGAAAAAAACUCCCGGUGAAGCGGUUGAGAUCCACUUGACAUUAUUAUAAAGAUGGCAUUUAUUAAAGAGGAGAGUGAAGACAUGAAGAUUGAAGAAACAUUCAGAGUCAAACAUGAAGAUACUGAGGAACAAAUAGUUCACCCAGUGUCACUGAAGGAGGAGAAUCAAGAACUGAAAGAAGAACAUGAAGAUUGGUAUGAAAAAACAUGCCUUCAUAACCAGAGAAAAUCUUGUAGUUGCUCACAGACUGAAAAUACUUUGUCACAAAAAAGAGCUCAAAAGACUGCAACUAGAAGUCAUUUCACCUGCCAACAGUGUGGAAAGAGUUAUACUGAAAAAGGUAGUCUCAAAGUCCACAUGAGAGUUCACACCGGAGAGAAACCUUACACAUGCCAACAGUGUGGAAAGAGUUUCAGUCGACAAGUAAGCUUUAAAUUCCACAUGAGAAUUCACACUGGAGAGAAAUGGUUUAAUUGCCAGCAGUGUGGAAAGAAUUUCACUCAGAAAGGACACCUUAUUAACCACAUGAGGAUUCACACUGGAGAAAACCCAUUCACCUGCCAACAGUGUGGAAAAAGUUUCAGUCGAAAAGGAAAUCUGCAAGUUCACAUGAGAAUUCACUCUGGAGAAAACCCUUUCACCUGUCAACAGUGUGGAAUAAGUUUCAAUCAAAAAGGAAGUCUUAACAGGCACAUUAGAAUUCACACAGGAGAGAAACCUUACACCUGCCCUCAGUGUGGAAUAAGUUUCACUCAAAAAGCAAGUCUGAAUGCCCACAUUAGAAUUCACACUGGAGAGGAGCCAUUUGUAUGUGGUCAUUGUGGAAAGAGUUUCAGAUAUAGAGUAGCUUUUAAUCGGCACAUGAGGAUUCACUAAAGAGAGAAACGCCUUAAGAAAUAUGUAAAGCUCACACUGCCUUUCAUGUGCCAUCAUUGUGGAAACAGUAUUGCACUUAAAGACUCAAAUGAGGCCUCAUAGUGGAAAGAAAGGUGCCUUCUGUGUGAAAGGAGCUUCACAUAUCAGAGACAAAGUCAUUUGCAAACUCAUUCUAGACAGAAAUUACAAAGUUCGGAGUGUGAAAGAGUUUUACAAAAAGAAGCAAUUUCAAAAAUCACCUGCAUGUUCCUUGAGGAUGAAGCUGAUUUAAUUGUGAUCACUGUGACAAAACCAAAAUAAAACGUACAGUGCACAGCUUAAAUGAGUACACCCUGUCUGAAUAAAUAUAAAAUGUAUUUUCUUAAUGAUCACUAAUAUAAUUCAUGGAAAGAUGGCAAAAUUGCAAUGUAUUAACCAUAUACUGAAUAAAAACAAGAAGUAAAUUAGCCAAUUUAGUUCAAAUGAGGGAUUGCAGAAAUGAGUACACCCUAGAUUUAAUUCAGCAAAUGUGUAAUAUUUUAGUACGGAGUAUGUCCUCCAGAACUGUAAGUAUACUGCUCUGACCCUUCUUGGCACUGAGCAUACAUGUGACAAAUUAUCACAUCUGUCCUGUUUAUCUCCUGGAGGAUGACCUCCUUAAAUUCUCUGGUCUUUAAUGGGGAGUUUUGCUCAACACGUCUCUACAGAAUCCCCAACAGCUGCUCAAGAGCAUUAAGACUGAGUGAAAUACAUGUCCACUGAAGGAUUUUCACGUCGGAAGAAUGCAUAUCAUCAUUGUCAUGUUGAAAAAAUGGCCAAUAACACAGGGUAUGAGGAGAGAGUGUAGCAUCUUCAGUUUCAUGUUUUUGUAUUACAUCACACAGUGGUGUGUGAAUUGGUGACGACAAUGAUAAAACACAACUCCCUCACACCUUCAGCAAUCAUACAUCCCUAUAUAAGAGCUUUACUACCACUGAACUGGAUCCCAGGCACUUCUCACUGUACUCCUCCUCUAGCAACACCAGAACAUUUUGGAUGUGAUUGACUUGAAUUGUUUGACUUGGUCUCUUGAGGCCAGAGUAUGGAUUCCCAGAAGUCUGUAUUUUGUAAAUAUGGGCCUUGGAAGAGGUUAAAUGAGUUUAUUGUGCUUUGGCUACAGUAAAUAAUUCUAGUGAUGACAACAAUCAUCCAUGUCACUUCUGCAGGCUGUGUCGUACUCUGUGAGAUAAACAGUCACUCUUUUCAUAGUUUUUGCAGACUCUGGGACACUUGCAUGAUAUUUCUCCUGCUCUUUUUCUAGCAAAAAUUCACUUAUCACCAAAUGAAUACUUAAAGACUUGAUUAUUCCAGGAGUCUUGUCACAAGUCCAUUGUUUUUGAAUGUCGUGUUACUUCUGCUAUAUUUUCACACUUCAAACAAUAAUUUGGUAUUCCUCUUGUACCAUUGUCCUCUAUUAUGCUAAGAAAUGUCACCUGGCAGUUCUCUCCCAAGAGAAUCCAUUGUUGCCAUCAAGUCAGAGUAUGAUUCAUUAGGCUAUAUAACACUUUCAUGGUGACGUAUUGCUGGCACACACAUUAUCUUUUCCACUCAAUUAUGUCGUAAUACCGAGAUGUUGUUUUAAUGACAUCUUUUCUUGUAAAAACAAGAUAUGUCAUUAAAGCGACAUAAUUAUCUUGUUAAAAACAAUUUUUCUCAUAAUAACAACAUAUGAUGUCAAAAAAAAAACAUGUUUUUCCCGUUAUAGAAGAUAUGAUUGCAUUACAUUACGUGAGUGAGCUAAGCCAUUGUCUGCGCCGCUGUCGCCACAGUCCUGACAUAAAGCAGGAUCUGCAGGAGGGAUAAUAGAAAUACACUGCUUUAAUGUAUUUUCAUGUAAUGAUUUUCAUUGUAGAAGGCAUGUUUAUAAGGAUUAAUCUCUAAUCUGUCUACAAUAUAGUGCUAUCUAAUAACUGCACGCAUUAUUUAAGAUGAUCAGAUCAAAACUGUUAUUUUUGAAUAAUCAGGGCUCUCUGGGCUUGGAGUAUUUCUUUAUUUGAAUCAUGAGUGUGAGGUUUUACUUUAGAACUGCAUAUUUCCCUUGUAUAGCACAUAUCAAU